UCUUCUUACUUUUUACCUAUAACCAAACAAAAGUGUAGAGUUUUGACACAGUCCUUGUUUUUCAAAGAGAAAGAAAGGAUUUCUGUGAGAAGAGAAGAGGAUCCAACUCAUCUUGUUCAUUCAACUCAGCGUGAUCCUCACUUUUCUAUCAAACAAGGGCAUGGCAGCAGAUGAAGAUAUUUGCAUGUCAGAUUUGAAGUCUCAGCUGAGUCAAUUACAUGACACAUGGAAGCAGGAAAUUGAAAGAAGCCAAUCCCAAAUGGAUUUAUUGCAAGCAAAGCUUAUGGAGGUAAAGGAUUGCAUACAGGGUUCAGAUGGAGAUGCAAAAAAGGAGUUGGAGGUUCUUUUGCGAAGAGUCAAUACUUCUGCUACAUUGUUGACAUACUUAAAAUCAAAAGCUAGACUCAUGGCUGUUCCUCAUCUAGCCCAUACAUCUUGUGGCAUCAAACCAUUAGAGGGGGUAGGCUUUGUCGACAAAAAUGGGACGCCAUUAUCAGGUUGGUCCAGCGAUGUUGAGCUUUCUUCAUUUAAUGACGCAGAUGAAGAAUCUUGGAUAGGAAUUAGCCGUCAGCAUGGUUUCUUAGAUGAACAGGAUGCAGCUUAUAUAGGUGAUGUACUCAAAUCUGUAAACAUGGUUGGAGAUGUGAUGGAAGUCCUUGUCAAAAGGGUUUUAUUGGCAGAAUCAGAAACUGCAGUGGAGAAGGAAAAAGCAAGUUUAUGUCAGGAAGAAAUUAAGCGGAAGUCUGCCCGGUUAGAGAAUAUGUCUAUGAAAUUAGAGGAGAUGCAGCAUUUUGUUUUGAGUACCAACAGUAUUAUAAAUGAGAUGCAGCAGAGAGUUGAGGAUUUGGUUGAAGAGACAACCAGACAGAGCCAGCGAGCUGCUGAAAAUGAAGAAGAGCUUUCUAGAGUGAAGCAGGAAUUUGAGUCUCUGAAAUCAUAUGUUAGCGGUCUAAUCACAGUAAGAGAAACAUUACUAUCUUCAGAGAAGCAAUUUCAAACUAUUGAGAAGCUGUUUGAAAAGCUAGUUGCAAAGACUACUCAAUUAGAGGGUGAGAAAAUGCAGAAAGAGGCUGAAGUUCAGAAACUGAUGGAAGAGAAUGUGAAGUUGAAUGCACAGCUUGACAAGAAAGAGGCUCAACUUUUGGCUUUGAAUGAACAAUGCAAAGUAAUGGCCUUGAGCGCUUCAAACAUGUAAAUUGCUAAUGCUCCCAACAGUUUGGUUACUUCGCGCUUCCAUGGGGAUCACCGGAGGCAUCUAAGUGAAGCUUCACUUGAUAAACAACUUCGGUCCUCUCAUCCAGAAGAAACACUAACGAAGGGCUAUCCAUAAACAUCAUUCCUCGUGGCUUUUUUUGUUUUCUGGUGCUGUUUUUGUGUCUGCCAAAAUUGAAGGCAGGAAAUACUUGAACUUGGAAUGUAAGCUUUGAUUGCUCUUUCAAAGGAAGAAUGAGUUAUGAGGUGUGUUUCUUUGCUGCAAA